CGUGACUAGGAGAAGCUCAAAGGGGAUAUCAGAUCAAUAUUGAUCUCGGCUUACAGUUCACGUGAGAAUCAUAGGCAGCCCUGAGUGGUUGCUCAGAAGCACUGCCUACCACUUCUGCCUAAGGCCCCAUGACAUAGUUGCGUUAACUCCGGCGAGCCUCAGGCCAGCACUUGCACACCCUCACCACCACCACUACCACCCAUCUCCCCAACCCACAAUGCUACAUCAACAGCUACUCCGGCCGCGCGCCCUGCGCUCCGCCACCGUCGCGCAGUUCGCCCGAACAUACACGUCCAAAACUGGCGAUAUGCCUACGCGCACAAUCCCCCUCCGCACGAUCAUCCGCCAAACAACCCUCCGCGCAACCCCAACAACCCUCCAGCUCGCAUACCCCCUCUCCCCGCAAUUCGCGCCCAGGCCCCGCUCACCCUCGCCCCCACCGCCCUACCAAACGCGCGGUAUCUCCGUUCUCGCCCCACAGAACCAAUGGACUCGAUUUAGCACCCCGUAUACACUCUCUUCUGUCCGCACCUUUGCUUCCACGCCGCGGAUACGAUUUCCCGCGCAGCCGUCUUCAGCACCAUCGUCGCCGAGCGUUGAAGAGGCCAUAGAAGAGAUCCAGGAACUCUACGGCACUGCGCGCGACGAGUUUGAGAUUGCGGCUGAGGAGACGGAGAAGAACACUACGUAUGCGCCGGACGACCGCGCGGCAGCGAGGGAGGAGUUGGAUAAAUUGUUGGAAUACUACCGUGGGGUUACUGAGGGCGCGGAUAAGGGCGUUGGUGAGGAGGUCAAGAGGAGGGUUGGGGGCAGGAUUAGAGAGUUGGAGCAUGCGGUGCUGGCUAUGGAAGAAGCGGCUCUACAUCAUGAUUAGACGUGGAUGAAGAUUAUUGUUUAAGUGUACAUGAGCGUGUACAGAUUAUGAUGUAUAGUAGAGAUUACGAUUUCGUGUGUACGGCGUUUAGCAAAUAUCAUGUAUUGUGUUUAUGUACAAUAUCAUGAAUUUAUGGUAUAUCUUGAUAAAGACAACGAAACCUACGCCACAUUGUGUUGAUAUUGCUGAGCUAUCAAUGACCACAACACUUCUA